GUUUAAGCUUGAGGGGCUGUAGAGGUUGACAAAACCCAACAGAACGGUUUCGUUUAUGCCGCUACUCGGAGGCUUUAUCGCUGACUCGUUUCUCGGUCGUUUCCGCACCAUCGUCAUCGCAUCUUCUCUAUAUAUCUUGGGACUUGGGUUGCUGUCUAUUUCAGCCAUGACUCCUUCAAACACCGAAGAUUCGAAUCAGUUCCAAGUGACAUUCUUCUUCUGCUCUCUGUAUCUUGUAGCAAUAGGACUAGGCGGUUACAAACCGUGUAUUAAGGUAUUUGGGGCUGAUCAGUUCGAUGGUAACGAUCUAAGAGAGAGAAAAGCCAAGAGUUCCUUCUUCAACUGGAUGUUCUUUGGAAACUGUAUUAGCAUAUUGACGACUCGUUUGGUCUCUACCUACAUCCAAGAGAACCUAAGCUGGUCAAUAGGUUUUGGUAUCACAA